AUGCUCGGUAGAGAGAUGAAGUGGAUAUUGAUUUGGCAUGGUUCUAAGGCAUCUACUGAGGGGCAAAUUACACACACUCGAGAUACUUUGACAAGAGGAAUUCGUCCUCUUAUUUAUAACAAAUUUAUAGGACAAGAAAAAGAACAAAAUCGAAAGUUCUCAUUUUCUCUUGUCAUUAUACACCCUUUUCUGGUCUAA